GGAGUGCGGACCGACGCUACCAAGAGAAAAGGGAGGCGCCUUGGCGCUCCGGCUAGCCGUGGGCGCCCCUCUGCCCCUCGCAGCCCGGCUCGGUGAGUGCACAGCCGCUCGGGACGCGGACCCCGGGUGCCAGGCCGGCCCCGCGCCCGCGGGGGCAGAGCGGGGGGCCGUGCCCUUGCCACCGGAGGGCCGGCCAGCACCCCCUCGCCUGCCGAGGUCGCGGGAGCCCAGUUAAAGGAGGCGUGUGUAAGAUGUGCAAUGUUCCUGCAUGGGGGUUUUGUAGACUUUCAUAGCCAAAGAAACCGGCUUCGGCUUCUUUAAAAUCCCCGACGACUCACCUGAUUAACCUGCUGCAGUUCUGACCCUGCCAAGAGCUGACAAUUUACUGGUUCAUCAAUGAAACAAUAUUAAAUUAUGAAGAUGUAAGGAAAAAAUCCUACGCUAACACUGUCGCAGUUUGAAAGCUUUAAAAAGUUGAAGUCUAUUGGAAACCUUCUUAUAAGAAACCUUCCUAGUCAGAGAAUUCAACUUUCUUCUUUUCUUCAUUCAUGAAAAUGCAGAUCCACUGAGAAAGGGAAUAAGGCUUCUCUGCAGAAUGUCAAACAAAGAUCGACACAUUGAUUCCAGCUGUUCGUCCUUCAUCAAGACGGAACCUUCCAGCCCGGCCUCCCUGACGGACAGCGUCAACCACCACAGCCCUGGUGGCUCGUCAGACGCCAGUGGGAGCUACAGUUCAACCAUGAAUGGCCAUCAGAACGGACUUGACUCGCCACCUCUCUACCCUUCUGCUCCUAUCCUGGGAGGUAGUGGGCCUGUCAGGAAACUGUAUGAUGACUGCUCCAGCACCAUUGUUGAAGAUCCCCAGACCAAGUGUGAAUACAUGCUCAACUCAAUGCCCAAGAGACUGUGUUUAGUGUGUGGUGACAUCGCUUCUGGGUACCACUAUGGGGUAGCAUCAUGUGAAGCCUGCAAGGCAUUCUUCAAGAGGACAAUUCAAGGCAAUAUAGAAUACAGCUGCCCUGCCACGAAUGAAUGUGAAAUCACAAAGCGCAGACGUAAAUCCUGCCAGGCUUGCCGCUUCAUGAAGUGUUUAAAAGUGGGCAUGCUGAAAGAAGGGGUGCGUCUUGACAGAGUACGUGGAGGUCGGCAGAAGUACAAGCGCAGAAUAGAUGCGGAGAACAGCCCAUACCUGAACCCUCAGCUGGUUCAGCCAGCCAAAAAGCCAUAUAACAAGAUUGUCUCACAUUUGUUGGUGGCUGAACCGGAGAAGAUCUAUGCCAUGCCUGACCCUACUGUCCCCGACAGUGACAUCAAAGCCCUCACUACACUGUGUGACUUGGCCGACCGAGAGUUGGUGGUUAUCAUUGGAUGGGCGAAGCAUAUUCCAGGUUUCUCCACGCUGUCCCUGGCGGACCAGAUGAGCCUUCUGCAGAGUGCUUGGAUGGAAAUUUUGAUCCUUGGUGUCGUAUACCGGUCUCUUUCGUUUGAGGAUGAACUUGUCUAUGCAGACGAUUAUAUAAUGGACGAAGACCAGUCCAAAUUAGCAGGCCUUCUUGAUCUAAAUAAUGCUAUCCUGCAGCUGGUAAAGAAAUACAAGAGCAUGAAGCUGGAAAAAGAAGAAUUUGUCACCCUCAAAGCUAUAGCUCUUGCUAAUUCAGACUCCAUGCACAUAGAAGAUGUUGAAGCCGUUCAGAAGCUUCAGGAUGUCUUACAUGAGGCGCUGCAGGAUUAUGAAGCUGGCCAGCACAUGGAAGACCCUCGUCGAGCUGGCAAGAUGCUGAUGACACUGCCACUCCUGAGGCAGACCUCUACCAAGGCCGUGCAGCAUUUCUACAACAUCAAACUAGAAGGCAAAGUCCCCAUGCACAAACUUUUUUUGGAAAUGUUGGAGGCCAAGGUCUGACUAAAAGCUCCCUGGGCCUUCCCAUCCUUCAUGUUGAAAAAGGGAAAAUAAACCCAAGAGUGAUGUCGAAGAAACUUAGAGUUUAGUUAACAACAUCAAAAAUCAACAGACUGCACUGAUAAUUUAGCAGCAAGACUAUGAAGCAGCUUUCAGAUUCCUCCAUAGGUUCCUGAUGAGUUUCUUUCUGUUUUCUCCAUCAUCUUCUUUCCUCUUUCUUCCCACAUUUCUCUUCCUCUUUAUUUUUUCUCCUUUUCUUCUUUCACCUCCCUUAUUUCUUUGCUUCUUUCAUUCCUAGUUCCCAUUCUCCUUUAUUUUCUUCCCGUCUGCCUGCCUUCUUUCUUUUCUUUGACUACUCUCGUUCCUCUCUUUUCUCAUCCUUCCCGUUUUUUCUAAAUUUGAAAUAGCUUUAGUUUAAAAAAAAAAAGAAAAAUCCUCCCUUCCUCUUUUCCUUUCCCUUUCUUUCCUUUUUCCCUUUCGUUUUUCCUUUCCUUUCCUUUCCUCUUGACCUUCUUUCCAUCUUUCUUUUUCUUCCUUCUGCUGCUGAACUUUUAAAAGAGGUCUCUAACUGAAGAGAGAUGGAAGCCAGCCCUGCCAAAGGAUGGAGAUCCAUAAUAUGGAUGCCAGUGAACUUAUUGUGAACCAUACCGUCCCCAAUGACUAAGGAAUCAAAGAGAGAGAACCAACGUUCCUAAAAGUACAGUGCAACAUAUACGAAUUGACUGAGUGCAGUAUUAGAUUUCAUGGGAGCAGCCUCUAAUUAGACAACUUAAGCAACGUUGCAUCGGCUGCUUCUUAUCAUUGCUUUUCCAUCUAGAUCAGUUACAGCCAUUUGAUUCCUUAAUUGUUUUUUCAAGUCUUCCAGGUAUUUGUUAGUUUAGCUACUAUGUAACUUUUUCAGGGAAUAGUUUAAGCUUUAUUCAUUCAUGCAAUACUAAAGAGAAAUAAGAAUACUGCAAUUUUGUGCUGGCUUUGAACAAUUACGAACAAUAAUGAAGGACAAAUGAAUCCUGAAGGAAGAUUUUUAAAAAUGUUUUGUUUCUUCUUACAAAUGGAGAUUUUUUUGUACCAGCUUUACCACUUUUCAGCCAUUUAUUAAUAUGGGAAUUUAACUUACUCAAGCAAUAGUUGAAGGGAAGGUGCAUAUUAUCACGGAUGCAAUUUAUGUUGUGUGCCAGUCUGGUCCCAAACAUCAAUUUCUUAACAUGAGCUCCAGUUUACCUAAAUGUUCACUGACACAAAGGAUGAGAUUACACCUACAGUGACUCUGAGUAGUCACAUAUAUAAGCACUGCACAUGAGAUAUAGAUCCGUAGAAUUAUCAGGAGUGCACCUCUCUACUUGGGAGGUACAAUUGCCAUAUGAUUUCUAGCUGCCAUGGUGGUUAGGAAUGUGAUACUGCCUGUUUGCAAAGUUACAGACCUUGUCUCAGAAGGAGCUGUGAGCCAGUAUUCAUUUAAUAGGCAAUAAGGCAAAUGCCAGAAUUAAAAAAAAAAAUCAUCAAAGACAGAAAAUGCCUGACCAAAUUCUAAAACGUAAUCCAUAUAAGUUUAUUCAUUUAGGAAUGUUCGUUUAAAUUAAUCUGCAGUUUUUACCAAGAGCUAAGCCAAUAUAUGUGCUUUUCAACCAGUAUUGUCACAGCAUGAAAGUCAAGUCAGGUUCCAGACUGUUAAGAGGUGUAAUCUAAUGAAGAAAUCAAUUAGAUGCCCCGAAAUCUACAGUCGCUGAAUAACCAAUAAACAGUAACCUCCAUCAAAUGCUAUACCAAUGGACCAGUGUUAGUAGCUGCUCCCUGUACUAUGUGAACAGUCUUAUUCUAUGUACACAGAUGUAAUUAAAAUUGUAAUCCUAACAAACAAAAGAAAUGUAGUUCAGCUUUUCAAUGUUUCAUGUUUGCUGUGCUUUUCUGAAUUUUAUGUUGCAUUCAAAGACUGUUGUCUUGUUCUUGUGGUGUUUGGAUUCUUGUGGUGUGUGCUUUUAGACACAGGGUAGAAUUAGAGACAAUAUUGGAUGUACAAUUCCUCAGGAGACUACAGUAGUAUAUUCUAUUCCUUACCAGUAAUAAGGUUCUUCCUAAUAAUAAUUAAGAGAUUGAAACUCCAAACAAGUAUUCAUUAUGAACAGAUACACAUCAAAAUCAUAAUAAUAUUUUCAAAACAAGGAAUAAUUUCUCUAAUGGUUUAUUAUAGAAUACCAAUGUAUAGCUUAGAAAUAAAACUUUGAAUAUUUCAAGAAUAUAGAUAAGUCUAAUUUUUAAAUGCUGUAUAUAUGGCUUUCACUCAAUCAUCUCUCAGAUGUUGUUAUUAACUCGCUCUGUGUUGUUGCAAAACUUUUUGGUGCAGAUUCGUUUCCAAAACUAUUGCUACUUUGUGUGCUUUAAACAAAAUACCUUGGGUUGAUGAAACAUCAGCCCAGUGCUAGGAAUACUGUGUAUCUAUCAUUAGCUAUAUGGGACUAUAUUGUAGAUUGUGGUUUCUCAGUAGAGAAGUGACUGUAGUGUGAUUCUAGAUAAAUCAUCAUUAGCAAUUCAUUCAGAUGGUCAAUAACUUGAAAUUUAUAGCUGUGAUAGGAGUUCAGAAAUUGGCACAUCCCUUUAAAAAUAACAACAGAAAAUACAACUCCUGGGAAAAAAGGUGCUGAUUCUAUAAGAUUAUUUAUAUAUGUAAGUGUUUAAAAAGAUUAUUUUCCAGAAAGUUUGUGCAGGGUUUAAGUUGCUACUAUUCAACUACACUAUAUAUAAAUAAAAUAUAUACAAUAUAUACAUUGUUUUCACUGUAUCACAUUAAAGUACUUGGGCUUCAGAAUUAAGAGCCAACCAACUGAAAACCUGAGAUGGAGAUAUGUUCAAAGAACGAGAUACAAUUUUUUAGUUUUCAGUUUAAGUAACUCUCAGCAUUACAAAAGAGUAAGUAUCUCACAAAUAGGAAAUAAAACUAAAACGUAGAUUUAAAAAGAACUGCACGGGCUUUAGGGUAAAUGCUCAUCUUAAACCUCACUAGAGGGAAGUCUUCUCAAGUUUCAAGCAAGACCAUUUACUUAAUGUGAAGUUUUGGAAAGUUAUAAAGGUGUAUGUUUUAGCCAUAUGAUUUUAAUUUUAAUUUUGCUUCUUUUAGGUUCGUUCUUAUUUAAAGCAAUAUGAUUGUGUGACUCCUUGUAGUUACACUUGUGUUUCAAUCAGAUCAGAUUGUUGUAUUUAUUCCACUAUUUUGCAUUUAAAUGAUAACAUAAAAGAUAUAAAAAAUUUAAAACUGCUAUUUUUCUUAUAGAAGAGAAAAUGGGUGUUGGUGAUUGUAUUUUAAUUAUUUAAGCGUCUCUGUUUACCUGCCUAGGAAAACAUUUUAUGGCAGUCUUAUGUGCAAAGAUCAUAAAAGGACAAAAAAUUUAAACUGCUUAUAAUAAUCCAGGAGUUGCAUUAUAGCCAGUAGUAAAAAUAAUAAUAAUAAUAAUAAAACCAUGUCUAUAGCUGUAGAUGGGCUUCACAUCUGUAAAGCAAUCAAUUGUAUAUUUUUGUGAUGUGUACCAUACUGUGUGCUCCAGCAAAUGUCCAUUUGUGUAAAUGUAUUUAUUUUAUAUUGUAUAUAUUGUUAAAUGCAAAAAGGAGAUAUGAUUCUGUAACUCCAAUCAGUUCAGAUGUGUAACUCAAAUUAUUAUGCCUUUCAGGAUGAUGGUAGAGCAAUAUUAAACAAGCUUCCACUUUUGACUGCU